GGGAUGUACUGGUCCUGGGUCUCAGGGUCUCCGGGUCCGCAGCGCCAAGGGACGGCGGGCGGUGCAGGCAGCGAGGUGCUGCAGGCGGCCAGCGGGGGACGGCACUCGCUGCUGCUGCUGAUCGACCACACUGUCCUCUCGUUGGGGGACAACAGCUGCGGCCAGCUGGGCCGGAGGGGCGUGCCGAGCUCGAAGCAGGCAGAACACAUUCAGGCACUGGAAACGCUUCAUAUCGAUGUUGUGAGCUGUGGGAAGGAACACUCGCUAGCCGUCUGUCACGAAGGAAAGGUUUUUGCUUGGGGAGCUGGUUCUGAAGGGCAGCUGGGGACUGGAGAACUUAAAGAAAUAAAUUUUACACCUAAGAGAAUAAAUGCUCUGGCUGGUAUCAAAAUAAUACAAGUUUCAUGUGGAAACUUUCAUUCUCUAGCAUUAUCAGAAGACAGCCAAGUCUUUUCAUGGGGAAAGAACAGCGAAGGCCAAUUGGGCCUGGGGAAGAAUGCCCUUAUGCAAAGCACCCCUGAGAGGGUGAGGUCCCUGGAAGGAAUACCUGUGGCUCAGGUGGCAGCUGGAGGAGCUCAUAGCUUUGCCCUGUGUCUCUCUGGGACUUGCUUUGGCUGGGGCAGCAACAAGGCUGGUCAGUUGGCUGUCACAAGCAAGAAUGUCCAAGUACAAAGCUACAAGCCCCUUUCAGUUGGCGCCCUGAAGACUCUGGGUGUGACCUACAUCAGCUGUGGACAUGAGCAUACUGCAGUACUAACCCAGGAUGAGAAAGUGUUCACCUUUGGAGACAAUAGCUUUGGACAGCUGGGAUAUGAGUCCUCUGCCCAGGUGAGAGGACCAAAGCUUGUAGAAAGACUGGAUGGCCGUGUUUCUCAGAUAGAUUGUGGAAGUUACCACACCCUUGCCUAUGUCUACACUACUGGUCAGGUAGUAUCUUUUGGUCGUGGACCAAAUCACUCAAGCAACCCAACCCAAUCAGAGGACCCAAGAGAUACUUGUGACAUGACCUGCCUGAUUUCUGCUAAUGACCUUGAGAAUACUCAGAUUAAACACAUUUUUGCUGGGAUGUAUGCUGACUUUGUGACAAUCCAGAAGAAUGCUAGAUCCAGAGGUGUAUCUAAGAAAACACUGCCAGAAAUAAGCCAGAUUAAACCAUCUCUGGAGAAAAAAUGGAUAGCAGUGACAAGAGGAAGUGUUGAACAUAACUUGGCUAAAAGAGAAAUUACAGUGAUAUUUUCAUCUCCUGCUUGUCUUACUGGAAGUUUUUUGAAGAAAAGAGUAGUCGGAGGAACCACUUCCAUUGAUGUGGCCUUAGAAAGGGCAAGAAAUACCUUCAAGAAGUUAACACAAAUUGAAUGGAUUUCUUCCAUGAUAAGAACCUGUCUGGCAGAAAGAUUGCUCAAAGCUCUCCCAAGUCAUUCUCCACACCAAGAAGCUUUGUUGGUUUUCCUCCUACUUUCUGAAUGUCCUUUGAUGAGUGAUACCAUGAACUCGCAGAGCCUGGUGAUUCCAUUUGCAGAAGCCAUUUGUAAAAUGAGUCAAAAAUCUCUGCAAGUCCUGAAAAAAUGUUGGUCAUCCUUGCAAGCAUCUUCUCUGAACACACUGGUCCAGAUGCUUAAAACAGCAGUCUUUCAGCAGUUCUUUUUGCCUGAAAGUUACCAUAAUAUUAAAACUCUUCUAGAAACUAUGAGAGAAGUAUAUAAGGUAAACAAAAACACUCGUCAACUUCCAGAAGGCACUUUCAACAUAGAUGGACUCUACUACUCAUUUGACUUUCAUAGGGAGAGUCAGAGACUGUUCUGGAGUGAUGAAAAUCUGCUAUCACAAGGGCCAGCAAGUAUGUUAAUGAACAAUGAACUAUGCAUGUUUAAACUGAAGGUCAGACGGUCUCACAUAAUUGAAGAUGCCCUGCGUCAGUUAAGCCAAGCUGAAAUUUCCGAUCUUCGGAAACCUUUAUUGGUUGGGUUUAUUGAUGAAAUUCGUCCUGAGACUGGAGUCAUCUUUGAGUUCUUCCAUUGUAUAUUUGAAGAGAUGACCAACCCUAAAUAUGGAAUGUUCACAUAUCCUGAUAAUGGUUCCUACAUGUGGUUUCCUACCAAUCCUAAGCUUGAGAAGAAGAAAUAUUAUCUCUUUGGAAUAUUAUGUGGGCUCUCCCUAUUAAAUUCCAAUCCUGCCAAUCUUCGUUUCCCACUGUCGUUGUAUAAAAAACUUCUAGACCGAAAACCAUCAUUGGAAGACUUGAAAGAUCUCAGUCCUCUUGUGGGGAAGAGUCUACAGGAAAUUCUUAAUUGUAAAGCUGAUGUCAUUGAAGCUGACAUUUAUUUUUCUAUAUACUGGGAUGAAAAUACUGUUGAUUUAGUACCAAAUGGAAGCUCUAUACCUGUGAACCAAACCAACAAGAAAGAUUAUGUUUCUAAGUAUGUUGAUUAUAUUUUCAACAUCUCUAUAAAGCCAAUUUAUGAGGAAUUUCAGAGAGGAUUUUAUAAGCUCUGUGACUGGAUAAUGGUUCAGUUCUUCAAGCCUGAAGAACUAAUGACAGCAAUAAUUGGAAAUACUGAUUAUGACUGGAAACAGUUUGAAAUGAAUUCAGUGUAUGAGCAAGGAUAUAACAAAUCACAUCACACAAUAAAGUUAUUCUGGAAGGCUUUCCACGAACUAUCAUUGGCUGAAAAGAAAAAAUUUCUCUUGUUUCUUACAGGAACUGACAGACUGUCUGUGGGAGGUCUGAAUGAUAGCAGAAUACGAUUUUGCUGUCCUGAAACUUACAGUGAAAAUGAUAUACCAAGAUCACUGACUUGUCAUAAUAUUCUACUCCUGCCUAAGUAUUCUACAAUGAAGAGGAUGAAGAAAGCUCUUCAAGUGGCCAUCAAUAACUACAGAGGCUUUGUCUCACCGGAAGCUGGCCAGCAAUAAUCACCUCUUGAUUCUUUUUCACGUCUCAUUGAUAAAAGAGAUUGUAAGAUUUUAGUUAAGAUUACUUAGAAAAAUGUGAGGAUGACCAAUAAGCUAAUGAAAUCCAGAAUAAAUGAAAUUCUAGUGAAAUAAAAUGAUACGAAACACUUCCUGCAUUCCUAACUUUGCUGUGAGGAUGUUUCUUUUAAACAAAUCAUUUCCAGAAUAACGACAGGAUACUUUAAAAUAUUUUAACAAUGUAAAAAGUAUAAAUAUUCAGCAUACUUAACGUUAUUGUUAAUAACAUGUUAAUUAAA